CCCGCCCUGCGUGCUGUGCCGGCCGUUAGCGCGGCGCUUCCGGUCGGGCGCGGGGGGUUGUGGGGGGAAUCGUCGCGCGCCUCUUCUCCGCGGCGGUGCUGAGGGAGCGGGAGCCGUGAUGUCUCACACAAUUCUACUUGUCCAGCCCACCAAGAGGCCAGAAGGCAGAACAUACGCUGAUUAUGAAUCGGUGAAUGAGUGCAUGGAAGGAGUCUGUAAAAUGUAUGAAGAGCAUCUGAAAAGAAUGAAUCCAAACAGUCCAUCCAUUACAUACGAUAUCAGCCAGUUGUUUGACUUCAUUGAUGACUUGGCAGACCUCAGCUGUCUCGUUUACCGUGCUGAUACCCAGACAUACCAACCCUACAAUAAAGACUGGAUAAAGGAGAAGAUCUACGUCCUCCUCCGCAGGCAGGCCCAGCAAGCAAGCAAAUAAUGUGGGCACCAUCAUGACAUGGGUUUGGGGGAGGGUUUGGACAACAGGUGUGUACAGAGUGUAGUAGUGAACGUUUUGUAUUAUAGUCAUCCUGUUGCCAUUUUUCUAACUCUUUAGCCAGGACUGAAUGUAUUGUUAGAGAUGCAAGAAUUUUGUUGAUUUGACUUUUUUUUCAGUGUAAAUGGAGAAGAAAGUGCAACAUCUUCAGCAGAUUUUUCGUUUGUUUUUUCCUCUGGUUAGUUAAUGGUCCUACCUUGUUUGAACCCCAGGGGCUGUUCACAUUGUACUUCACCACAUUCACUGUAUGUGCCCUUCUCUGGGGUUUCCAACAUUUAGUUAUGUCCUUGAGACGGUCUUAAUGGGGAAUAAAAAAUUACCCUUUAGUUAAA